AGCCUUAGUGUUAGAUAGACCGGGGAAGCCAUAAGGGAUAUAUUAGCGCCAAUAUUACUAAUUCCCAGUAUCUUAUCUCUUAUACAUUAGUAAAGCCUGACAAAAUGGCUGUGCCUCCUAGUGCAGCGCGAAGUGGGCGUGGCUAGAGUCACCUGACCUCAUGCGCGUCGUCAAGGAGCCUCGAGUUAAUACUUCCGGCAGUUUCUAUAGCAACUGUAACGCUUUUUCUGAGUUUCCGCUGCCGUGUGUGUCCAUAGCAACCAGAGCCGGGCGGAGAGGUGAGUGAUGUCUGCAGGAUCAGAAGAUGUCUGACACAGAAGAUGAAGUUCUGGAUGAGGAGCAGGAGGGUGAAGAACCUUUAGAAGAGGCGAAUGUGGAUGAAGAAGCAGAAGAAGAAGAAGAGGGAGAAGAUAAGGGAGAGGAGAAGGAGGAAGAGGAGAGGGAAGAAGAGGAGACCCCUCCCCAUGUGCCGCUGACUGAAGAGAUGCUGAAGGAAGGACUAUCUCUGCUGUGUAAGACUGGGAAUGGCCUUGGUCACGCUUAUGUCAAAUUAGAAGUGCAAGACAAGGAACUCACAGACAUCUCAGUCCUGGAAUCUUUUAUACAUCUCCGUUAUGUGGAUUUGUCCAACAAUUCCCUUCGAGAUCUGACUCCACUGGGAUCCCUCACCCAUCUGCUGAGUCUACGUGUAGACCAGAACCAGCUGGUCAGUGUCAGUGGACUGGGACAGCUGCCUUAUCUUCAACAAGUAAGCCUGGCCCAGAAUCGCCUUCAGAACCUUCAAGGACUUGCACACCCAAGACUGGAGUCUCUCAAUCUCAUCGGAAAUGAGAUCCAUAUCUUGGAAAGUCUGGAUUGUCCAAAGCUGAAUAGUCUGCACACCCUGGAGCUCCGGGGAAAUAAACUGCAGAGCACAGCCGGCCUGUACCUGCCCAGCCUGCGGGAGCUAUACCUGGCCCAGAAUAACAUAAAGACUUUGGGAGGACUAGACAAUCUGGUUCACCUCACCAGCCUUCAUCUGAGAGAUAACCAGCUGGAGAAUCUGGACGGGUUCUCGGAGAACAUGCGGGCCCUGCAGUAUCUUAAUCUCAGGGGUAACCUCAUACCCAGGCUACAGGAGGUGGAGAAGCUCAGGGUCCUGCCCAUGCUGCGGGCGCUGGUCUUACGAGAGAACCCAUGCGAGGAGGAAGAUGGUUACCGCCUGGAGACUCUGAUCGCACUGCCCCAUCUGGAGAGACUUGAUAAGGAUUUUUUUGAGGAGGAAGAAAGAACUGAAGCUGCAGAGACACAAAAAUCAAGAAUGGAGGAUGGGAUCACGGAGUCGUAAAAUAAGAGAUUCAGCUACUCAACAAAAAUGGCUCCGCUGUUAUAACUGGAAGCGGGAUGAUGUCAUAAUGUAAAGCGCCAUUCACAUGUGUCCGCUUUGAUAUGGGAUUUCAGAACAGAUUCCCUGUCAAAUCCAACAACAAUCCACAUCCACUGCAUGUGACGAUGGUUUCUACAACCCUGUUCACAUGCUAUCAAAUGUUUCCUCUCAAUUUUUUGCCUUCACUGCAAAACACCAAGGAACAGUCCCAGUGAAUAACGAUGGGGGCGAAUCCUCAUCGGGAUCUGCUGCACAUCCGCAGCCGAAAUCUGGGUAUAAGAUCUUAUAGUAAAAUAUGUAUCAGGCUUGCAAUAUGCAAUUCUGAGAACCAUUAAAGGGGUACUCCGGUGGAAACGUUUUAUUUUAUUUUUUAAAUCAACUGGUGACAGAAAGUUAAACAGAUUUGUAAAUUACUUCCAGUAUAUAUUAGCGGCU